GGGAUUAAAUGCGGCCUUAAAAAGAGUGCAGUUGUUGAGGAGCAACAGAACCCGCUGAGCGUGGACCAACUCCCUGAGUCCCGGAGUGCCCCCAUACCCCCAUCCCCCUUCCCACACACAAAAGUGCCUUGAGCUUGUCAACAUGCCGAGAGGCUUCCUGGUCAAGAGGAGCAAGCGAGUCAGUCUGGUGUCAUACCGGUCCCGAUGUGCAGAUGAGGGAGAGGAGCGGAACUCUUUGGCGCGUAGGUCGACGCGCACCUGCUGGCCGACGCCGGCGUUGGCCUUGGCGCCGCCGCCGGAGCGUGAGAUCAAAGCCAUCCGGUUCGGCAACCCAGAGGGGGCAUACCAGGCACUCUACAGCCCGACCCGGCCGGCGAGCAGAGAGGAGGAUGCGGAGAGGCACUCGGGUUUGGGUUUGAGGUCUCCCGCGUCAGCUGAGGCGUUCCCCGCGGCGGCGGCGCUCACCGCCCUGGAGCACCUCUUCAACAUGGGCUCCAGCACCGCCACCUCCAAACCCGAGCGCAAAGUCAAACCGGCCGCCAAGAGAGUCAAGAACAUCCGCAAGCUACACUUUGACGACGACGUCACCACCUCACCAGUUCUGGGGCUGAAGAUCCGGGCUGUUCCGGCUGUGGAGCGCCAGGUUCCGGGCGGCCACGACACCGGGGCCCCUCGCGGCGACUUCGUGUGUCAGCUGUGUAGGGAGGCUUACGCCGACCCGCUCGGCCUCGCUCAGCACCGCUGCUCCAGAAUCAUUCGGGUGGAGUACCGCUGCCCCGAGUGCGACAAGGUGUUCAGCUGCCCCGCCAACCUGGCUUCACACCGCCGCUGGCACAAGCCCAAGAUGGAGCAGAAAGGGCGCCCGGAGGAUGCGCCCAGGGACGCACCCAGUCCCGCCUCGUCUGAGUCCGAAGGGGAAGAGCCGCACCAAUGUGGUCAGUGCGCCAAAAAGUUCAAACGUCACGCCUACCUGCGCAAACACAUUGCCGUGCAGCACGCGCCUAUCAAGUUGAGCGUUGCCGCCAGAGGGGGCACCUGUCCGACGUGUGGGGAGGCGUUUGCCAGCGUGGAUGCGCGCGAACGUCACUUCCGACUACUGCACGCAUUCCGCUGCAAACAUUGCCCGGCCGUCCUACACAGCUCGCCCGGACUCACCCGCCACGUGAACCGCUGCCACCCAUCCGAGGACAGGAACGUCAUACUGCUGCAUCUGCCACUGCAGCGCGGUGAGCGAGUGGUUGGCACAUCUGCCUCACAGUUCUGAGGGUCAGGGUUCGAAUCUAGGUCCUUCGUAUGUCAUCUGAGCUUCCCUCUAGAGGAGUGAAUGGGAAAUGCUUGUUUGUCUAUAUGUGACCAAUGCGUUGUUUGUAGUAUGUCCAUAUUUUCCCUGACAUAUAGUAGUGACCAGUCCAUUGUUAGUCUAAAUGUGCCCUGUGAUUGGCCAGCGACCAGUCCAACAUCUACUUCACUUGUCUCACCCAAAUUCCUAAUGAGGACAAACGCUACGGGAAAUGGAUGUAAAUCUCCUUAAAAGGAAAUGUUUAUUUUUACUGUCAUUAGCUUUUAAAGUGUCCUCAGAUUUGAAGGAAAAGCCUUUAAAUCAGAUAAAAUAAUAAUAAUAAUAAUAAUAAUAAUAAAGGGGCCAGUUGUAGGGGUUUCAGUGCCUUUGCCCCGAGAGGACAUUUUGUGUUUGCAGUCCUCAAAAGCUUCUUUUACAUCCCCUUUUCAAAUCUUCAUAUGCUAUUAGCACCCUGAUGUAUUUUUAGCUUUAAUAAUAAUUUCAUAACUAAAAAAAAAAUUUAGUUGAAUAAACAAGCUUUUGGGUCUUUAGCUACCGGAACAAACCAAUUAGCAUAGUCACUAAUGCCUUUGGACUAGAAACUCUGCUGUAAAACUGCCUUAAUACUCUUUUAUUUAUUUUUAAAGUUGGUCUCAAAGCCUUCUGUAUUACCACCACACAUAUAUUUUGGUCCUAUUCAUUUAUUUAUUUAUUUAUGUUUAUAUUUAUUCAACUAAAUAAUUACUAUGUGGUCAAAUGUGUUAAAUAUGUAAUGGAGUGGGAAGGAUGUGUUUACUGUGGCUUUAUAGCAAUCAACCCUGACCUGGAUGCAAUCAUGACUAUUUAUUCUCUUGUGCUUUCUUUCUUUGUGACUGCUAGCUGUUAUUUUGCUUUGGAUGUUUCUGCACUCUUUUGCUAAAUGUCCCAAAAAAAAAAAAAAAAAUGAAUAAAAACCAAACUGACUACAGUUGGUGGUGGUGGUGUUGUUACCCCCUAGAAGCGCAAUCAUCAACUCAUUCACUGCCAGCCUUCCCAAUUAACAUCGAUAUUUGACUUCUAAAGCCGUCAAUGGCAGUGACUGUGUUACCAGCAUUCCAAAGACGGUCAAUGUAGCAUUCCCUGGCUAACAUCAUCCCUAAAUGACUCACUAGUAUUCCUAAGGUAGGCAUUAGCACAUUGCUAAAAAAAAACAGUAAUAGCAUUCCAAUGCUAUAGGAGAAUUUGCUAAAGAGCAGUGUGACGUAAUCAUGUGCAUGCACAUGGAAUUGGUCGGCAGAAACCCCAAACGCUUCCCAUUAUAGGGGUUGAGAAAGAUGCGUCAUGAGCGAGUUUUCGUUGCGAUUUAUCACAGUAAGCAAGUUUGUGCUAGCUGAUGCUGAGCAAAGAUAUGUGGCAUAGUUUCUGAACGACAGUGGCACCGAGAUUGGUUUUACCAUUAAUAAAUACAGCUUCCUUAUCAAUACGAAGUUACGGACAAAUAGGUCCCAAAUACAUCCACCUGGCCUUACCUUAGGCGAUAUUUACAUGCACGAUAAAACAUUUUUAAUAUAGGCCUACACAAAAGAUUUCAAUCAUGAAACCCUACAAGUUUCUUGACGCAUAGCCUACAAAUAAGAGUUAAUCCUUCAGUUGUUGAUUGGAAAAUGUUCAGACGGUGACACGUCUGGAUACGAGACUUGUACCUUGUAGUCCGAUGGGAUAGGCGCCAGCCCACCUAUGACCCUAAUGAUGAUAUGAUGUUCAAUUGUUUCUGAACUGCUAUAGUUGUAGAUUAGAAGAAGAGUUUGCGUAAUCCUGCCGGAAGAAGCCCACAGCUUCACUGGGAUGCCGGAAAAUAUG